GUAGUGACCAUUGGUUGGGAUGAGUAUGGAUUAGUGGUCAUUGGUUGGGAUGAGUACGGAGUAGUGGCCAUUGGUUGGGAUGAGUACGGAGUAGUGACCAUUGGUUGGGAUCAGUACAGAGUAGUGGCCAUUGGUUUUAGCAGUUAGUAGAUCAUUAGUGAGGUUUAGUAGGGCAGUUUCAGUGGAGUGGAGAUGGGUCUUAAGUUGUUCAGGUUGGUGGGGUCCAGUUAGGGCUUGUUAAGUAUGGGAGGGAGGGGAAGGCACCAGUAGAGAGGGAAAGAUUGAAGAUGUGAGUGAGGGAGCAUAGGAUGGAACAAGAGGGUGACUGUAGUAGUUGUGAGGGGACAGGAUCCAGGGGGCAGG